UUUUUUUGUAUGUUUUUCAUUUCAAUACACAGCGCUUGGGAUUGUGGGUAGACUCAACGCAAUAUCAUGGCGGCCGUGGCUGAGACAUCAGGCCUCAGGUCAUUGGAAUCUGCAAAUUCCGCGGUGAACUCCGCAAUCGAUGAAGAUGACGAUGAUUUGGAGACAUUGCGUUCAGUUGCUUUGAUGUCUAUGAAAGCUAAACGAAAAGCGGAAUCGCAAGCCCCCGCCGAAACAGCCACUGUCUCCCAAAGCUACAGCCGUUUUCAACACGCCAAACGGAGUACAGGAACUGGAAAGUUUCCCUGGAACCAGCAUGCCCGUCCCAACCUAAUAGUGAUACAGCCUGUGCCUCUGGAAGGGGAGCAAGUGCAGUGUGCCAAGACAAAUUCGUACGGCAGUACAGACCCCCAAAAAUGUGCGGACGAAGUCAAAUUGCUCCUGCCUCAGCACAGGUGGUGUCCUCCCCCAAGCGACGAGUCAUCCUCCCCACAGACUGCAACAGCCAGGAGAAGAGUGUCUGGAAAGUUCAGCCACUUUGAAUCGAGCAGCAGCGACAGUGAGGACAGUGGUGAUGACGACUUCCUUCGCUCUGCAUCACCUUCCUCCCACACAUCCAAUGACUGUGAGCUGAAGGAGGCUGAAGCCAACGAUGCUACCGGUGCCGAGCCAAGCCAAGACGACAGCCACGCAGAACCCAUUGUGAAUUCUUGCAACAACACUGACUCUCGUCUGACGCCCUCCCCUGUGCCUAACGUGGUUCCUCCUGAAGACCAAGAGAAGACGUGUAAUUUGCGUGCGGACAAUACAGAAACCGAUCCUGCUUCCGUGGUCUGUGCCGAAACGCCAGCUGACUCGCCGAAAAGGUGCAAGUCAGAUUCACAGAAAGAUGCCAAGACCGACAGGUCGCACCCAGAGCGGAGGGACAAGCCGCCGAGCAGCACAAGGGCAGACCUGUCGCCAAAACAGGAUGCCAUCGACAGGCUGGAAGCACGAAGGCGAAAGUUUGAAUCUAAUGUUCCUAUUCAACCAGUGAGCCGAAAGAUAGUGCUCUUGAAAGGAUCGAAAGGUGAAAACUGUGAUACCUACAAGGGUGAUACAGGCAGUCGGGACAAAGGAUGGGAGAGGGACAAGUGUUCGCCCGAGAAGAGUCCUCCGCCUGUGUUGAGGUCGGUGUUGAGUGUGGUGAGGGUGACGGGCGACGAUACCCACAGGGACGUUGUUCUGGUGGAUGAAGGAAGGCGAAAACGGAGGUCGCAGGGCAGGACUGUGGAGAUCAUUGAGGAUGGCCAAGAGCCCUUGUACAUUGGUGACGGCGAUCGUAAGAAGGUGCCCGUCCAUCUUCGCCUCGGUCAAGUGUCGCCCCCUUGUGUGCUGCGCAAGAGGAAGGGUUUGUCAAAAGAGACCAGCAGCAGCAAGCGAGCCAAGUCAUCUUCUACCUCUUUGGAGCCUCUGCUCAGACGCAAGGACAGACAGCGGCACAGCCGUCGCAAGCGCGAACCGGCAGGCUCGUCCUGAGAGCGCUUGACCUGGGUCACAGCAGGUUGUGUCAAGGAUAAGAGGUACUUAAAAAGUGCAACAUGACAGACUGUGUGACUCUUUUAUGUGAUAAGAGUAUGAAUCGAACGCUUGUGUGACUAAGAGACACCGUUUGCUGGAGUGUGUCUUGCAUUUCUUUCUUUUUUUUUCGUCUUUGAACUCAGGAGAGACACGACAUGUCUCUCCCUGUCGAAAGUGUAAUAAGUGCCUGCUUGCUUCACAUGUCGAGAGUGUGUACUUUGUCAUUACGCAGACGUUUUUGUAGACGUUUGCAGAAGCUUCUGAAUUGACCAGUGUGGUUACAGCGCACGACAUAGAGCUGAGAAUUUUUUAUUUUUUAUUUUUUAUUUUGGUUAUGUCCCCUUGUCAGAUGGGCUUGUCCUGUUUCAGUGAUGCAGCUUGUUGGUGUAAAAAGACUGUUGCAGUGUUCGGAGCGAAGCACACAACUCCCUUGCAUUCAAAAUUUUUGUGCUACGCGUAGCCAGGGAGCUUAUCACUGUGAGGUUAUCGUAAAGUUUUAGUGUCUGUACCGGGGUAUUUACUUUGAGCUUUCGCAUCCAAAUUCUGUUCAGCUGUGCCUAGUCGUUGCUGCGGCUGUCAUGAUUACGCGUUACUCAAAAUUGAAGAAUGGCUCUAGGCAUAAAAUGCAACGUUAGCUUUUUGUUUUCUGUUUUUUUUUUUCUGCCAAAUUUUUUUCUAACCCCUAUUGAGAGUGUUAGCUUAGCGUGUCUCUUUCUUCUCUCUAUGUGUUGUCAUUUUGAAGUAUUGCCCAUGCACAUACAUCCUGUUACAACCUGCUGUUGAAGUGUACAGUGUGGAAUAGAUGUAUUUGGGAACGUAGGACUUUUUUUUUUUUUUUUCAGUCAGUUCGACAAAAAAAAAAGUGUGCACUGUUACUGUGGCCGUUGGAAGUUCCUCAUGUUUUGUCACACCUCAACGUGCAUGUCACAUGAUUGUGCGUUGUGUUGAGUAGUGCAAGUCGCAGUAGUCUUGUGAAUCAGCUAAUUUUGGAGACAUGCCAGUCAAUGCUGUGAUGUAUUUCUGGCAAGGGAUCUCUCGCAGCCAUAUCUUAUGGCAGCUCCCCAAUUAAAUAUGGUUUAACGUUUGUCUCUUGCAAAGUGCUUUUGAAACGCCUCUGUAACUGAUGCAGUAGUUUAUGCGUCUUGACGAGAGAUUUUAACGCUAGGAGGACGACACUUUUGUGUGGAGUUGCCUCGGCUUUUAGUCGGUUUUUAGUAUCAUGUCUUGGGAGAUGCUUUUAUGAGCGCCAUUCCUUUCAAUUUAAGAGCUUCCGAUGAAUGGGUCAUGCCCUACAUGAUGCAUGCAUUUUUGCUUUGCAACAUUAGUUCAUUCAAUUUGUUUUUAAUAUUCCUUUUACUUGUGCAGCACCUGGUGCAUUUCAUUCAAAUAAGUACGCAGUACUACAUGGUUUCCGCAGAGCCUUCGAAACCCUUUGAAACUUCAGAAUGUGAUCACAUUGGUGAAGCUGGUGAAGGUGAAAUGAAAGAAAUAAGUGAGGUUAUUGACUUCCUUGAAGUUUUGAUUUAAGAUAAUUUUAUGGCUGUGUAUUAGAGUCAGUUUUGUUGACUAGUAUGAACAUCUCGCACAUGUUCAUAGUAACAUAGAACUUUAGUGGAUAAAUGAGAUAUGCAUUUGUUUGAACUUACAUAAUUAUGUGGCACUUCAACAUAUGCAUUUAUGUGCAGAUUGGAAUUUAACAUGGUGUUGAAAUGCAAAAACUUGCUUCAAGGCCGAAGCUUUGUCUGAACUGGAUUAUUGAUGCUUAUAUGCAUUUAUUAUUAUUAUUAUUAUGCAAUUUCUGACCGAUAGUGCGCUGAAAAUUUUUGGUUGGUCCGCGAAAACAGACUUAGAAUAAAAGUACUGCAUAUAAUUCGUACACGCUCAGCCUGUCUUGUGCUAAUGUACAGAAAACAAGGAAGUGUGAAGUUGAGCUAAAUUAUUAUCACAUAUUAGUCUGUGGCCAGGGGUGUCACUAGGGUGGUGCGAGAGAUGGACCGUGUGACGCGACAGAAUGGGGUGACACAUCGCACCAGUACCGCCGCUUCCUCCUUUUAUCAGUGGCGCGAUGACGCCAAAACAGGAGAUGCGCCCAUGGCGACCAUGUGAUUUUUUAAUUUUUUUCUGCAUGUAGUACGAUACUGUUAUUUAUCAUGGAUCGCCUGGUAUGGAAAAGGGACCCAUUAUUGGGCGUGGGGUGGGGGUGACGCAUACCCUAGUGACGCCACUGUUUGUGGCUCUACGCUGUAAGACAAGUAUGAUCAUGAGCUACGCCACGGCUUAUUGGGCACCAAAGUCCCGGCACACGGCACAACAUCGCGGAAGAAUGCGUGCCUAAGCACCUUAUACCUUGCUGACAAGGUGCUGGUGUUCUUGACUGCGUUGAAAGCAGCAACCUAUGAAUCAAAGCUUGCUGCAACGGUAGAAGAUACCAGGUGUAACAUGCACCACCGUAUAGCGCGCAGGAGGGACCCCCCCGAUGCCAAAUUUUGCUGUGUAACACACGUGUUAUAUGCUGGAAAUUACGGUAAUACAAAAAGCUGGAACCAUACGGGUAACUUUCCAAAAAUGUGCUGAAAUCGAUUUCUUUUUCUUUUCUUUUCUGCGAUUACUGCAGAGACUUUUUGCAUGAAUCCAGGAACACAGAACGAUGAAUGCUGCAGGAAAGUGCGUUGCUUCCCAUCACUUCACCCGCAUUUUUAUUCAUCCAUAUGUGUGCACAGCACUACCGUAAGGAAGACCUUGCAUUAAUAAAUGAGACAGUCUUAAUCAUUACAGGGCUUGCCCUAACAGUCCCAAUUAACAUGUUUUCUUUCUGUGUCAAUAAAUUAUCCUUGAUCCUUAAAUAUGCCUCGACUCCCAGUAUAACUACUGCGGGAACCAUUGGAGUAGUACUGCCAUGAGGUCGAUAGACAAGCUAUGGGCAUUCAUGCAUCCCUCUUACUCAACAUGAAUUCCCAUGCAACUCCCAUUUUCUUUCUGGGAAGCUCUUUCAUUGAAUUGAAUAUUUUAGGCUAGACCUUUUCUAUCUCAACCAUCAACGUUACCUUUGUGUACCUUUUUUUACGAUUACGCUUUUGUUUUAGGACGCUAUAGAUGUCUCACAGGUUGAUGACACUUCGUUUUAGAGUAACGCGAACCUUGAGUUUUCUUUCGCAAUGUGUUAAGUAGGCACAUAUAUGAAUCAAGCAAGUCCAAGCACUGUUACCGAAGUGUUCAUUUUUGGACUUUUUUUUUUAGUAUGACAGUUUUUGUUGUGUUCGCAACUGUAAGAAUUUACCAACAGAGAACGAAUAACGCCAUCUCCUACCGAGUAAAAGAGGAGGUUUUGUUUUUUUAUCUCGGUUGUAAUCGUAUUCCAGUAAAAUUAAAACUGUACUUCGUAGGAAUCGUUCUACUCUCUGGUAAAGCGCAAGACACAAUCGUAGCUGCAACAGAUGCACUUCAGUUAAAUGUCACUCGCAAUACAUUGGACAUCAUGAAUUUACUGUAUUCGGCACACAUUCAUACAUUUGUAAUGCGUUAAUAUAGGUAUGGAUAAUUGCUGUAGUUUAAAUCAAGCAGUGCAGUAGCUGUAAUUGAAGAUCAUUCUAAGACCAUAUAAUUGUCAGUGUUCAUACACUGUUGUCAGAUACACUUAAGGCAGAAUCACUUUCACAUAACUCCAUGGGACAUGCCCCUUCAUGCUCAUUGUUUAAACAACUGCAGGUGUGGGCCAGUCAGUUGAACAGAUAUCACUGGGAGAAUUUUGAUAGCCUUUUCAUGUCAUGCAAAUUUUUGUCCUACUGACAAAGUGUCCCUUGAACACAACUAUGAAUUAUGAGUCAAAAUCAUAGAAUUGUCCCAUUCGGGUACACGAGACCGUGCUAACCUGGCUUCGGGCCUGCAAACGUUUGGACUAUUAAUAGCCAAGCACGCUUUCCAUAGAGUUAUGAGCAGGUGAUUCUUCCUUAAGCAAUACUCUAAGUGCAUUCCUGUAGUACGUGUUCAUUUGAAAAUGCUUGUUGCACUAUUUUUGGUUUUGGCACUUCAUCAGGGAUUAAUUUUCUAGUCACUCGUUGUACUUGUGCAACCACUUUGUAGCUGUGUCAGAAAAAGCAAGUAUUUGGACGUUUCAUGUCAUUUCUAUUUAUGGUUUGACAUAUGCUUGACAUGAUUGAGUAUCUUAGCCAGUUCACUGCCCAUUCAAAGCUGUGUGCCAUGUUUGUGUGCUGGUUGAAUUAUGCCGUGCUGUAUCAUGUCUAAAAAAUAUUUGAAUGCCGUCGACAUUUCUGCCAGGCAAGAACGUGGGACCGUCGCAGGAGAAGCUUUGCCAUGCCGUCGCCGCAAAGGAGCAAUGGGAGAUGAAAUAUCGGCUGCGUUUUUGCAAACGGAGCUCUUCCAUGGUUUGUAAAUAUGGAAUAAAGUAUGCAGAAUAAUUUUAAAUUUCAGAGGCAUCUGCAUAUUGCAGAA